AUGAAGCAGUCGAUUUUGCUAUUCAUUCUUGUUUUAAUUCCACUUUGCAUGGAGCAAGCAAACGCUUUCAUAAAACUUGUAGGUGUUGCUAAAAAAAUCGAAUUUAUAUCACUUACAAGAGCCUUCAACGUGUCGUACAAAGUACAUUAUCCAAAGUCCGUUACAAACCAGUCGAUUGAUUUGGAUAUUGAUGUUACACGCACAAUCAAGGAUCUGCGGCUGACAUUUCUUUACCACACCGUUACACGGAACGGCACGGUACAGAAUGCACUCAUCAGACGUCCGAUCGAUAUUUGCUUUUUCUUACGAAAUCCCAAAUCUGAUCGUUUGGUAAAAACCGUGUACGACUACGUGAAUGAUCGCAGCAUCUUACCGACAAGAUGUCCCUUCGGUCCCGGAAGCUACUCAGCACGGAACAUUCGAACAUCCGAUGUACCGGUACCAGCGUUUUUACCACCGGCAGAGUUCUUACUGGAGCUCCUGUACUAUUCAGAAGUACGGGCUGAAAAAUUGAUGGAGUUUCGCGUCCAUGGCAAGCUAGUGCGUCUUAUUGAUGGUAUUUUACCCAAGUGA